AUGGCAUAUUUUCAUGGUAAAACAAAGUCCGAUCUUGUAGUCACAGUACGUAAUGGAAAGAGACAAUGCUUCUUUAAAGAAAAUGGAGACAAUCCAUCCUACAGUGGGACGAAUUUCAAGAAAGACUUAAAUUGUGAAUCCACACAUUGUAAUAGCAGCGUGCAAGUGACUGAUGGGCGGUAUGCUAGCACGUAUCAGAUAUCGCACUGUCACGUUUCUCCAACUUCGCCAUCUGAAGAGCUUACGGAAUUUCCACUACAACGAAAACUUCUAAAUUCAGGUGACAGUCAUUUUAAAGUCGGUACAGGUCCUAAAAAUGUUCCCAGAUCAAGUGAGCCGCUAAGAAGAGACAAUCCUAAUGCAAUAGAAAAUAUGCCACGACUAAAACACGCUGAUGAAUUUCUUAGUUCCCUUCGUAAAUAUUCUAAGCCUUCCUAUAACAAAAAUUUGGAAAUAACGGAAAAAAAUAAUGGAGGAAAACAUGCGAAAAACCCAUUAGAUGCGCCGUCUUCUGCAAACAAAACUGAUGAACCAUUAGCAUUAGAAGAACGUUCUCAGUGCAACAACUUCAUCAGUAAAGGUGAAGCACAAAAGUGCGAGAUAUCAAAGUGGUUACGCGAAGACCGAGCCAAACAUGGAACUAAGCCCUCUUUCACUACUGCAAUUGAUGUUAGAGAACUACAGAAGUCUACAAGAAAGGACAAGGAAAGUCUACGUUCUGUGACAUUGCCAAAUAUUGCAUAUUCUAUCGAUCCAUCAUUUUUCUUACAAGAAGAAAUAGAGGCUGAUACGAUAUCUCCCGAACUAAAGGCUAAUAACAUACAAAUUUUACAAGAUAUGCAGUUUAUUAAACAAAACAGAAAGGAGACAGAAAUUCAAACCGAAAUUAACACAGUAUCAGACGCAAAUAAAAUUACUCUAGUCAAAAACGGUUUAGAAAUGCUACAACCACACCAUUUUAAUAAUUAUUUAAAUUACAAGACACCAAAUAUAGUAACUGCGAAGGAAAAUAAAUGCUUCAAUGUGAACUUAGAUAUUCCAAAUUACCAGCAAGUUUUCCCUGAAAGCAAUGAUGUCAACUCAAAUUCAAAUGAUGAAUUCUUAAAAGAUGCUAUAAAACGUUGGGUGCAAAUCAUGUUAAUUGAAACAGGACGUUGCACUGAUCAUGAUGAGCUAAAUUUUGUGUUUCAGUACUUGUUGAAACAUCUCAAAAUAUUGAAAAACUACAAUUAUUUCAUAUUAAAUUCUAAAAGUCAAUAUACACUAAAAACUAUUCCUUUUGUGAACAAUGAUGAUCUUCUAAGCACGAUCGUGUCUGAUGAAAACGAUACCAAUAAUAUGACGAUAAUAAUAGAAAGAUUAACGGACAUGUUAAUGGAAAAGAUAAGAUUAAUUUACAAAAAGCAAUAUACUGUACAUAAUAAUACGGUUAAAAGAAAUCUAAAGAUUAAAGAAAUUUUACCCACGCUUGGAGAUGACUUCUAUAAAGAAAAUCACUUUCAAAAAGGCUUAUUUAAAGUGGAUCAAUAUCCUGAAACGGAAAAGAAGAUAAUAAUUAAAGAAUCAGGUAAUAAUAAUACUUCUACUAGUUUUUCUGAGAUACAGACAGCUAUACAAGACUGGCUGGAUCUGUUAGAUUUGUCUCAAGAUUUGCAAAAUUGCAAAAAUAUAGCUAUCGUCUCUUUAGCCAGUGAAAUAAAGAAAAGAAUAGACAGACAAAAUUACAUAAAGUCACGUUCUCCAUCUUAUAUCGUAUCUGAUGAAAUUGAAUUGGAGUAUCUUCAUUAUUUGAUUUUCAAAUGGAAUAACAAAUAUUUUUCCAAACAAAGGAUCGAAAUGUUGAGAAAUGUAAAAACUUUAUUUUAUAGUAUUCGAAAAUUAAGGUGA